AUGGACUCGGUCCACCUGCAACGCAUGGAAACCCCUUGCCUGUUCUCGCCUCCUUCGUCCUCCCCCGAGUCUCCAACCCAUUAAAAUGUGGGGAGAAGAAGCUUCUUCUCCUUCUCCUCUUCCUCCUCCAAAAUCUGCACCAGAACUCCAGGAUUAAGAGCGGAUUCUUGAACCUGCGGCUUUCUCGGGAGGUCGAUUUCAGAGUUGGAGGGGAUGUCGUCAGGACCCCUCGAUCGAUUGGCCAGGCCAUCUUUCGAAGGGUUCACACAUAAUGAUGGAAAGAAAGAGAGCCGAUCUGACGCAGACAACUCGGAAGGAGAGAAGAAGACUAAAAUUGGGUCUUUCAAGAAAAAGGCAAUUAAUGCAGGAAAUAAAUUCAGACAUUCCCUAAGGAGGAGAAGCAAAAAGAAAAAAGAAAAUUCGAUUUCUAUUGAGGAUAUAAGAGAUGUUCAAGACCUCAAAGCCGUCGAUGCAUUUCGACAGUACUUACUUGAUGAGGACUUAUUGCCACAACAGCACGAUGAUUACCACAUGAUGUUGAGGUUCCUGAAGGCAAGGAAGUUUGAUGUUGAGAAAGCAAAGCAUAUGUGGUCUGAAAUGCUUAGAUGGAGAAAGGAUUUUGGGACCGACAGUAUAGAGGAAUUUGAUUACUCUGAGUUAGAAGAAGUUAUGAAGUAUUAUCCACAGUUUUAUCAUGGGGUGGACAAAGAAGGAAGACCUAUCUACAUAGAGUUAAUAGGAAAAGUUGAUGCCAACAAGCUGGUGCAAGUAACAACCAUAGAACGGUAUGUGAGGUAUCAUGUCAAAGAGUUUGAGAGAUGUUUCCAGAUGAGAUUUCCAGCUAGCUCAAUCGCUGCAAAACGACAGUUGGACUCAUGCACUACUAUUCUGGACGUGCAAGGCGUGGGAUUGAAGAACUUCUCAAAAUCUGCAAGGGAACUAAUCACAAGAUUGCAGAAGAUUGACAGUGACAAUUACCCAGAGACAUUAUGCCGGAUGUACAUAAUUAAUGCUGGACAAGGCUUCAAGAUGUUAUGGAGUACAAUAAAAUCUUUUCUUGAUCCAAAAACUGCUUCAAAAAUUCAUGUUCUUGGAAACAAGUAUCAAAACAAGCUCCUUGAAAUAAUCGAUGAGAGUGAAUUGCCAGAAUUUUUUGGUGGCAAAUGCAAGUGUGACGAAUACGGAGGCUGCCAAAGAUCAGAUAAAGGUCCUUGGAAGGAUCCCAACAUAAUAAAGAGGGUCCUAAAUGGCGAGGCAAGCUAUGACAGGCAGAUCGUGACCAUAUCAGGCACCGAUGGAAAAAUUAUUGGUUAUGCUAGGCCACAGCGCCCAACUCAGAGAAAAGGCAGUGAUGCAUCUGCUGAGUCUGGGUCUGAAGUGGAAGAGAUUACAUCUCCUACUGCACCGAAGAACCUGAUAACAAACCCUAUACUAACCCCUGUUCACGAGGAGUCAAAAUUUGCACAGCAUGCAUCAACAUCUGCUGCUCGACCCAUUGUUGAAGAAAGCAUCCCUGUUGUCGACAAGGUUGUGGACGACGGAUGGAGCAGCCCCAGAGCUAGUCCAACUGCUUCUUCACCAGGUUCAUUAUCCUUGAGUAAUUUACCGACCACGUUUCAAGGAAUUCGGACUUUGACUAUCACAUGGCUGACAGUCUUGAUUGUGAGUCUUUUCGGCAUGCUUUGUUCCGUCCCGAGCAGAAUGGCCAAAAGGCUCUCAAACCAAUCCGUUAACCAUGAUCAAUAUUAUGUGGACUGCCCCCAAGAACAAGAAUACAAGGAGGAAUUCCGACCUCCUUCUCCUGCCCCGUCUUAUACGGAAAAGGAAGUCCUUUCAACUUUGCUAAGACGGCUAGGGGAGUUGGAGCAGAAGGUGUUAGUCCUUGAAACAAAGCCAUCUGAGAUGCCUUUUGAGAAGGAGGAAUUACUCAAUGCAUCCGCCCGCCGCGUGGAUGCUUUGGAAGCUGACUUGAUUUCUACAAAGAAGGCACUCUAUGAAGCGCUGAUGCGGCAGGACGAGCUGCUUGCGUACAUCGACAAACAAGACAUGCUCAAGUUUCGUAAAAAGAGAUUCUGCUUCUGAGGAGCCGAAGGAGGAGGAGCUAUACGUACCCCUGAUGCGCAGAACUGUUAGUGUGUAUUGUACUAUACUGGACCGAUCGCCGUAAAUACGUAGAUAAACCGAUCGCCGUAAAUACGCGUAUCUACGUACGCCGGGAGUGUAAAUGUAAUGUACAGUAGUGUGUGGGUGGGUGUGGGGGGGGCAAAUGGGGUGUCCUAAAUGUGUACGUAUUUGAUGCAUUGGGCAGAUUCGGCUGCUCAUAACGGCUGCAAUUGUGGGUCAGAAUUCCGAAAGUAUAUGCAUAUGAUGAUGAGGUUGGAGAUGUUGUUUUGCGUGCUU